GUCCCGUACGAAGAGCAGGACCCGGCGAGUUGGACGGACUGGUACCUCGGGCAGCCCUACAGCACGGGGUUCGCCAAGUUCAUCAUCACUACGCAGAGUUACUCCAUGUGGGUACUUCGCGCCCUCAGCCCCUUCCUCUUCCUGUACGGGGAUUGGCUUACGAAGAGCCUGAAGGUGCCGGCGGCGUGGCUGGGCGGCGAGCACCCUGACGAGGGCGGCGCCGCGCGAGGGUCCCCGGCGGGCGCGAAGAUGCCGGUGCUGGUGGUGUCGCACGGGAUGGCCGCCCACCGCUCCGCCUUCUCCAGCCUCGCCACCGACCUCGCCUCGCACGGCUUCUUCGUCGUGGUUCUUGAGCACCGAGACGGGUCAUCCUGCGCCUCCUUCCACGUGGGUCCUUCGAACAGCAAGACGUGGACGAUCUACAGCGGUUAUGAGCGGGAAUCUCAGCUGGACCACCGCGUCGAGGAGGUGUUCAGCGCCGCGGCUGCGGUCCGACAGCUGAACGCAGGGACGCUCGUAAACGAGCUUGAACCGGAGAACAAACUCAGCGCCUUCAAGGGCGCGCUGGACGUGAAUAACAUGGCUCUUCUGGGGCAUUCCUACGGCGGCACCACCACGCUUCGCGCUCUGGCGGAUUCCAGGAACUGUUUCAGGGUCGGCGUCGCCCUCGACCCGUGGAUGUUCCCCGUGAGGUCCGAUCCCGAGGCGCUGGGGAGGGCCGUGGCCGCCCCCGUCCUGUCCGUGUCCAGCGAGGAUUUCAACCAAGGGGCCAACCUCAGGGCCUUGAGGAGGCUCAGGGACGCCCAUAAGACGGAGGAAUCGCUGUUUUACACCAUGAAAGGCACAACCCAUCACCAUGGCAACGACGCUCCUUGGCUCGCGGGCAGGCUCGGCUGGUGGAUUACGAGCGGAAACUACACUCACCCGCCGGAAGUCAUCCACGAAUUGCAAAACAACCUCAUUCUCACUUUCUUGGACAAGCAUUUAGAUAUUGAAGACCGCAGACUGCUGGCCGCCGUGAUCCCAGCGUACGAGCAGUUCAUUCAGGAAAACAAAGAUAUCCUAAUUGAAGAUUAAGUCAAUACAUUUCGAGAAUAUUCUGUCAGAGUUCUUAUAUUUUAAACACUAAGUUAUGGUCCACCACUGAUAUAGUGAUAUAGUGUAAAAAAAAAAAAAAAGUUUAAAAGAAUAUAUAUCUAUAUAAAAUAGAUGUCUGGUCACUGUGAGUAACCGAAGAUCAGUUUAAAUUGCGAAUUUAAUCUUAAUUUUACAUCUCAUAAUGUGUUUAUAGCCGUAAUGCAAUUUCAUAUCAUUGUGAUGUUAAAUACCAAAAUCAUAUAAUGUAAGACUUGUAAGUUUGACAUUUUUAUAAGGUAGUACCAAAUUAUGUGAUGAACAGAUUUUUUUUCUACGUUUUGCUUGUUUUCGGACAAAUCUACCUCAGUAAUGUUUAGCUAUUUGUGUUUAACUCAAUAAAAUGUUCCAUGUUC